UUGCCAUAUAACGCAAAUGCGGGCGAUAUUGAAGACUUCUUUAAACCUUUGACUUGUCUCGAUAUCAGACUUGGUUAUAAUGAUGAUCGUAGACCGUCCGGUGAUGCGUAUGUUAUAUUUCCGACAAUGGCUGAGGCAAGAGAUGCGUUAUCGCGGAACAAAAAGUGUAUUGGAACUAGGUUGGCUCUUGACAAUAAUCUCUUGUUUCAGUCUUCAGGAUUUAUUCACAUCUGUUUCAUUCAAUGA